AUGCCUGAAGAAGGUCCUUUUGUCUCCAAAGAACUUAAGCCUUUCCAGAAGUUGGCUUCCCUCACCUCCAGUCACGUUAAGUGGUAUAUCCGAGAUUGGGAAACCGAGAAUGUGAUUGUCAGCAUUGGAGACUUCCCUAACGUGCCGUUAAUAGGAACCAAGGGUUGCAUUAACUAUAACCCCAUGUUAUCUCUGAGGCAGCAUGGGUACCCUAUGAAUGGCCCUCCAAAAGUUGAAGCUCUAGAGCCUUUCAUCCUACAUGGUGUUGAAAUGGAUCAUCCCAUGGUGAAGAAGAUCAAGAGGUCUUGGCAAGCAGUUAUCAGAAAAGGUAAGGAGUUGGGUAGGAGAAAUGUCAUUGCCCAAGAGCCUUACACUUGUUGGGUUAGAGAGAGGGUUCAGAUGAUUAAACUCCCGUAUCCAUUUGAUCCUUCUAUCUAUCCAGUGAUUCCUGAGCCAGAGCCCAUAUUACCUGAAGAUGUGGAGAAGCUCAACAAUCGUAUCAAGGAGUUGGAAUUGGAAAAUGCUGAUUUGAGAAUCAGGCUUGGCCGAGUCUCGGUGGAGAAUGGGAACUUGAAAGACGAUCAACAAAAGAAGGACAAAGAGCUUGAAGUCUCCAACAAAAGAGCUAGAGAGUCUGAAGCCAGGAGAGAAAAGUUUGGACAAGCGCUCUUUAGCACUAAAUCUGUGUUCAAAUCAAAGGAAGAGGAGUUGGAUAGAGCUUUACUCCGGAUUCAAAAGCUCAACAAGACUUUGGAGCUGACCCUUGAGAUGAAAAGGGAAGCACGGUUGAUUUCUGAGAUUCGUACUCAUGAAUUGGAGAAUACAAUUCAGAAGUACAAGGAUGCUCUGGAACGUGAGAAGCUGAAGACCGAAGAGUCAGAGAGAGUGUGCACACGAUUGAAACAUCAUUUGGAUCGAGCCGAUGCUAGAAUCCAGGCACUUGAAGGUGGGGAUCAAGAUGCUGCCUAUAUGGUGUUACUGAAUGAAUGCAGAUAUUGGAGGAACCUCUAUAGGGACAUAGAGGUGACCAAGGCUGAAGACGUGCGCAUUAUCCAAGAUCUCCAAGGGCUGUACACUGAGUGGAAGGGCAAAUUUUUGAAGCUGUCCGGAUUUGCGAGUUCCAUCAUGCGUGAGCUACCUGAGAAGCUGCAAGAAGCUGAUUGGUGCAUGUGUCCAGAGAACACACCGCAUCAAGUCUAUAAUUUCAUUAAGUUUUGUCCAACGAUUGAACCCCAACCUGCGCGGGCGGUACCAACAACCUGGCCCACCUAUGGUUUACCUCCUGGUUUCACUCCUGCAGUUGAAGGUGCCCCUGGUUUUGCACCAUCUGCUCAGCAGACAGCUCCUUUACCGACCAUCAAUGAAAACCAUCCGGUGGUUCACACGUUCGCACCUCCUCUCGUUCGUGCACACGUGCAACCCUACUUUGAGGACCAACAACACGCCCCAGACUUUUCAGAUGAAGAUGAGGAAAGGCAGGAGGACCUAAGAGGGAUGAAGGAGAACUACCAGCUGCUUGAGAAGAGAUUGAGGGCUAUGGAAGGUGACCAAGUUUUUGGUGCUACAGCUAAGGAGAUGUGCCUGGUGUCCGGUCUUGUGAUCCCAGCAAAGUUCAGGACCCCAGAUUUCGAUAAGUAUGAGGGCCACUCGUGUCCUAAGAGUCACCUCAUUAUGUACUAUCGAAAAAUGGCUGCGCAUGUAGAGGAUGACAAGCUCAUGAUACAUUGCUUCCAGGAUAGCCUGAGGGGUGCUCCCUCCAAGUGGUACCUAAGCCUGGAUCAGAGUAGGAUUCGGUGUUUCCAGGACUUAUCUGAUGCCUUCAUCCAACACUACAAGUAUAACAUGGAUAUGGCCCCGGAUAGGAGACAACUACUCAACCUGGUUGAAAAGAAGAUUCUGUCUUUUCGAGACGCCGGACCCAAUGUCAAGAACAACCCGUUGCCAGCACAUGGUGAUGUCAAUGCCGUCGAAGAUGCUUCUGAUGUAUGUAUAAUCAAGAAUGUGGAGGAUGUUAAAACUCCGUUGAUAGCGCUUCAUGCAGGAUUGGUGAGGGCUAGAUUGAUUGAUACUUGUCACGAUAGCUGCGAGGAAUGUGCCAUUCAGCCGAAAGGAUGUAAAGUGGUACGAAAUGACAUUCAGAGUUUGAUGAAUCAAGGUGUUUUACAAAUCUCUGGUCCAGCAAUAAAUGAGGAAAUUUCGGUCAUUGAGCCUGUUUUUAACAUACCAGAACCGUUUGAGGUGACUUAUCACAGGAGAGACGUUGUUCAUCCGUCACCCGUGGUGGUAUGCAUGCCUACACCAUUUCCUUUUGAAAGUACCAAGGCAGUACCCUGGAAGUACGGCAUAACAGUGGUAGAUGGAGUGGUGGAUGGAAAACCUGAGGCCACUGAAAGUAAGAAAGGUGUGGAGAAUGUUGACGCCGACAUCACCAAUAUCGCAGGAACAAGCAGAAUGACCCGUAGUGGUCGGAUUUAUACUCCCAAUUUUGAUGUGAACCCUCAAGAGCCAGCAAGGGGAGCUGCAAAUGUAAAUCCUACCCCAGAACAGGGAGGGGCACAGCCGGCUGUGCAAACAGAUGAAGCAAAAACCUCUUUUCAAGCCCUUGAAAUAUCCAAUGCUACACUUGAAGAGGUUAAGGAUCCUGUUGAGAAAGCUAGUUUGUCAUUCGCUUCUUUGAAGAGUGCAAAAUCAGCAGUUGAAAGUGGAGGCCCUGCAGGUUGGGGGCAAGUUAUCAACGUCAACGAGAAGAAUGACCGUUUUGUGGAAGAUGACACUGAAGAUGAGGAAACAUCGAAUCUGAUAUACCGGUGUGAAGCAGCCUUGACAAACUGGGAAGCGGUUGAGAUUCCGGAAUUGCUACAUGAAUAUGUAGAUGUAUUUGCUUGGUCGUAUCAGGAUAUGCCAGGUUUAGAUACUGACAUUGUUGUCCACAAGCUACCACUACAGCCAGAUUGUCCGCCAAUAAAGCAGAAGCUCCGAAGAGCAAGACCUGACAUGGCUCUAAAGAUUUGUGACGAGGUGAAACGUCAAUUUGAUGCCGGUUUUCUAGCAGUUGCCAAGUACCCUCAAUGGGUAGCCAACAUUGUGCCAGUACCCAAAAAGGAUGGCAAGGUCAGGAUGUGUGUUGAUUAUAGGGAUCUAAACAAAGCUAGUCCAAAGGACGAUUUCCCCUUGCCACAUAUUGACACUCUGGUAGACAACACUGCUAAGUUCGCAGUCUUCUCCUUUAUGGACGGAUUCUCGGGUUAUAAUCAAAUCAAGAUGGAUCCAGAAGACAUGGAAAAGACCACAUUCAUCACCCCUUGGGGAACAUUUUGCUACAAGGUAAUGCCAUUCGGUCUCAAAAAUGCUGGGGCAACUUACCAAAGAGCAAUGGUCACCCUUUUCCAUGAUAUGAUGCAUAAGGAAAUUGAGGUUUAUGUGGAUGAUAUGAUUGCAAAAUCUCAAAGUGAAGAGGAUCACAUAGACCACUUGCAAAAGCUAUUUGAGCGUCUUCGGAAAUUUCGACUACGACUAAAUCCUGCUAAAUGCACCUUCGGUGUCCGAUCCGGAAAGUUGCUUGGUUUCAUUGUUAGCCAACGAGGAAUUGAGGUGGACCCUGACAAAGUCCGAGCUAUACAAGAGAUGCCUGCUCCACGCACCGAGCGAGAGGUCAGAGGCUUCCUGGGACGUUUGAAUUAUAUCUCGAGGUUUAUCUCACAUAUGACGGCCACAUGCGAGCCUAUAUUCAAGUUGCUCAGAAAAGAUCAAGCAGUAGAAUGGAAUUCUGAUUGCCAAAUGGCUUUUGAGAGAAUCGGACAGUACCUGCAAGAGCCCCCUAUUCUAAUUCCACCUGUUCAGGGGAGGCCACUCUUUAUGUACUUAACGGUGCUUGAAAAGUCAAUGGGAUGUGUGUUGGGACAACAUGACGAAACCGGUCGAAAGGAACAUGCUAUCUACUAUCUAAGUAAGAGAUUUACCGAUUGUGAAACCCGAUACUCACUCUUGGAGAAAACUUGUUGUGCCUUAGCAUGGGCCUCUCGUCGUCUAAGACAAUACAUGAUUUGCCACACUACUUUGUUGAUCUCCAAAAUGGAUCCAAUAAAGUACAUCUUUGAAAAGCCUGCUUUGACUGGAAGACUCGCCCGUUGGCAGAUGUUACUAUCUGAGUAUGACAUCCAAUAUGUGUCUCAGAAAGCCAUAAAAGGGAGUGUGUUGUCUGAUUACCUGGCAAACCAGCCCGUUGAAGAUUACCAGUCGUUGAAGUUUGACUUCCCGGAUGAAGACAUCAUGGUAGUGAAAGACUGUGAAAUCCCAGGACCUGAUGAAGGACCUGAACCAGGAUCUCGGUGGAAGCUCAUGUUUGAUGCAAGGUUGUGUUUUGAUUGCACGAACAAUAUAGCAGAAUAUGAGGCGUGCAUCCUAGGCAUUGAAGCAGCAAUUGAUCUCCGAAUCAAAAUCCUUGAAGUAUGUGGAGAUUCAGCCUUGGUGAUAUACCAAGUCAAGGGCGAAUGGGAAACCCGUGAUACCAAGUUGAUCCCAUAUCGUGCCCAUGUCAUGGAAUUAAUAAAAUACUUUGACGAAAUCACUUUCCGUCAUAUCCCGAGAACUGAGAAUCAAAUUGCUGAUGCUUUGGCUAUGUUGGCUUCAAUGUACCAAGUCAGAUUCCAUAAUGAAGCACCCCUCAUUCAAAUCGAGCGGAAAGUUGAGCCUGCCUACUGCCAGUCAGUUGAAGAGGAAGCCGAUGGUAAACCCUGGUUUCACGACAUCAAAUGCUUUUUGCAAAAUCAAGAAUAUCCAACAGAUGCCACAACCCUGGACAAGAAAACAUUGAGGAAGUUAGCAUCCAAAUUCUUCUUAAGCAAUGGUGUGUUGUACAAGAGAAAUCACGACAUGAUUCUGCUCAGAUGCGUGGAUGGACGUGAAGCGGACAUGUUGAUCAAGGAGAUUCAUGAAGGAUCCUUUGGAACUCAUGCCAAUGGGCAUGCCAUGGCCAAGAAGAUUUUGAGAGUUGGUUCUUGGCCUUUCUCAAUGUGGGGCAUCGACAUGAUUGGCGCCAUCGAGCCUAAAGCUUCCAAUGGUCACCGCUUCAUCCUGGUUGCAAUUGAUUACUUUACCAAAUGGGUAGAAGCCGCCUCUUAUGCUAAUGUGACAAAACAAGUGGUUGCACGGUUUCUCAAGAAAGAGAUCAUUUGCCGUUAUGGAAUUCCAAGCCGGAUCAUCACAGAUAAUGGGACGAAUCUGAACAAUAAGACCAUGAAAGAAUUAUGCGAGAGUUUCAAGAUUGAGCACCAUAACUCUUCACCAUAUCGUCCAAAGAUGAAUGGCGCUGUUGAAGCCGCUAACAAAAACAUCAAGAAGAUUUUGGUAUAUGGGAUGGAAGCAGUUCUCCCAAUUGAAGUAGAGAUACCUUCAAUGAGAAUCUUGAUGGAGACCAAGCUAGAAGAGGCUGAGUGGAUUCAAAAUAGAUUUGAUCAGUUGAACCUCAUAGAUGAGAAGCGAUUGACUUCUUUGUGCCAUGGACAAUUAUACCAGAAACGGCUUAAAAGGGCUUUUGACAAGAAAGUACGUGUUCGGGAAUUCAGAGAAGGAGACCUCGUGCUUAAGAAGAUCCUGCCAAUACACAAAGACUCACGUGGGAAGUGGACUCCCAAUUAUGAAGGCCCAUAUGUUGUAAAGAAAGUUUUCUCCGGAGGAGCCUUGAUUCUCACAACUAUGGAUGAUGAAGAACUCUCACACCCCGUGAACUCUGAUGCAGUUAAAAAA